AUGUCAAGCUCAAUCAAUACUCUUUUCAAUCCUGCUGAUUAUCCAACCAGUCAUUAUUAUCUAUAUCCUAGUAAGAAUCCUGGUGCACUAAUUGUUUCUGAAAUCUUCAAUGGAGACAAUUACACCUUCUGGAGCCACUCAAUUUCCAUGGCUUUCAGUGUGAAAAAUAAAUUAGGCUUCAUUGAUGGAUCCCUGAAAUCCCCAAGUCCAUCAUCUGGUGUUACGCAUAAUUGUUGGGUUCGAAAGAGUGAUCUGGUUUUAUCUUGGCUAUUGAAUUUGAUCAGCAAAGAUAUUCGCCAAAGUCUGUUAUACACUUCCUCUGCAUAUGAACCAACUGCUGCUUACUUCUCCACUUUCAUCAUUGGCUCGAGUUUAUGCCCUUAUGCUUCAAGAAGCGAGUUAAAGGGACCUACUGACACAAUCCGUCCCGAAUCACCCUAUAUUACACCUGUAGAAUUACUCACCCGCAAAUCAACAGAUAUGAUGACAAGACAACCUCAUAGAACAUUUAAUAAACCUCUCUCUUGGAUGGACAAGAAGAAGCCGAAAUGUACCCAUUGUGGAUACCCCAAUCACAUUGCUGAUAAAUGCUUUCAUCUCAUAGGAUAUCCUCCUGGCUGGAGGGGAUUGAGAGGUCUAAAAACCUUGGUUGAUACCUCUGCUGCUUAUGCUAUAAGCCUGGACCAGUCUACAGAAGAUGAGGGACCAAACAUUUCAUUCAAUCUAGAUCUCUUUCAACAAUUCUUGGCAUUUCCUAAGACUCGACAAAUAUUCCAUGAAUCAACUAAUACAUCACCUCAAACAGCAGCCACCAUCACCAUAGGUAUUUCUUUCUAUAAUUCAACUUAUUCUAAACCAAAAACCAUUACCUGGUUAAUUGACAUAGGUGCAAUAGACCAUAUGGAUCUGGCUAGCAUGAAGAUGACGAGUUUUGCUAAAGAAAAAGAUGGCCUAUAUCACUGCAUGAUAGCUCCAGACACAACUGAACCUCUACCUGUUACCAGCAAUCCGACAGCACGUGUCUCAACUCAAUUCAAUUACAAUAUCUGGCAUUGCAGAAUUGGACACAUUUCCAGCACCAGAAUGUCCAAGAUCCCAUGCAUUUCUUCUUAUAUUCCUUGUAACAAUUUACAUAAAUGUGAAAUUUGUCCCUUAGCAAAGCAGGAAAAGUUACCAUUUCCGAUUAGUAAUUUAGUAUCAAAUAAAAUAUUUGAUUUAGUGCAUUGUGAUAUUUGGGGUCCUUUCCAUGUGCCUUCUUUUAAUGGUUACAGAUUUUCCCCCACUAUAGUUGACGAUUAUUCUAGAUGCACUUGGGUUUUCAUGAUGCAAUCCAAGUCUGAAACUCAUAGCCACAUAAAGAACUUCUAUCAAAUGGUCAUUGCACAGUUUAAUACCAAAAUAAAGACCUUUAGAACUGACAAUGGUACUGAGUUCUUCAUGCCAGAAUUCUAUAACUCUCAUGGAAUCCUACAUCAGAAAAGUUGUGUUGAAUCACCACAACAAAAUGGAAUUGUAGAGCGAAAGCACCAAUACAUCCUACAAGUAGCUAAGGCCCUUCUUUUUCAGUCGAAUGUUCCUCUCAUCUUCUGA